UAUUUGCGUCACAAAUUUUAAGCUAACAACAAUAAAUUGCCAAGUUGCGAAACACCGCCCGUCUGUUACACCAUUUAGCGACACUGCUUGGACACACCAGUACUUUCAUUCUCGAUCAAGCCCAUUCUUCCUUUAUCUCUCUCGAUUAACACUAAAUGAAGCGAAAGCGUGGACGCCCCAAAAAAUCUGUUGCAAAAAAGCCGGCAACUUUAGAGAAUACUGGUGAAGAAGCUUUCUUGAACUUUGUUGGCCAAAACAUCCAGGAAAAAUCUGCGCCAGAUCAUGUUAAUGACAAUGGAUUAGCUUAUGAUAAUGCUGGUGUUAAUAAUAAUGGGAUUGGUCAAUUUAGUUCUGAUAUGGACUCUAGUUCGCCUUCCUCUUCUUCUUCUUCAGGUGAAAGUGAUGAUGGAUUGCAGUUUGGAGGAGCUAGUAGUGAUUCUGAUGAACCACACAUUGAUAGAAGGGUUAAUAAAAAAGCUAACAAACGUGGUAGGCCUAAAAAACUAGAGGCUUCAAAGAAAACUGCAAAUGCCACUGCUAAUUAUUCUAAGGGAUUGGGUUCUUCGAGCAGGAAAGAAUUAUCACCAAUGAAGCACCCAGCUCAGGAUUCAAGGUUAAAUAAGAAAGAAUUGAAAGCUUCCUUAGCAGUCAUUAAGAAGGUAAUGGAAAUGGACGAGGCUGUACCUUUCAGUGCUCCCGUGGAUCCUGUUUCUCAGGGAUUACCUGAUUAUUUCAGCGUCAUAGAUACACCAAUGGAUUUUGGAACGAUAUGUAGCGAUCUUCAAAAUCGUGUCAAGUACCUGAACUCAGAAGAUGUAUAUAAAGCUGUCCAGUACAUUUGGGAGAAUUGUCGUAAAUAUAACAAGAAGGGUGACUAUAUCGUGUACCUUAUGAAGAGAGUGAAGAAGAAGUUUAUGAAAUACUGGACAGCAGCAGGGCUAUGUAGUGAGAUAAUGAAGAAGCCUAGUGGUCAUUCUCAGUUAAAACCUUCUGGUGAUUGUGCUGUGAGAUAUAGCAGACAUGAUCCAAUGUCUACAGUGAACCGUCUAGUAAGUAACACCAUUCAGAUGCAGGAGAAUAAUUUUGGUGGCAGCCAGCCUCAAUUGCCUCCAUCAAAUUACACCCAACCUUAUCACUAUCAUCAGCCUCAGUCGAGUAACAACCAAGUGCCACAAUUUUCCCGGUACCAGGCGGGUGCGGAUAGCAUUUAUGCAGGGCAUUCCCACAGAGGAGGACCACCUUCUACUGUUCUUCCUAUGGAGCGGGAAAAACAGAUACCCAAGCAACCAGUUGUCUCUAUGGCGAAUGGUUCAACCCAUUCCCAGCCACAACAGCCCCAGUUGAGCUCAUAUUAUCUUUGGCCACCACAACAGAGCACUGGCCAGCCACAUCCAUCUCAGUCACAUAUUGGUGCAGAUUUUAGCAAUGCUGGACAAAUGCCUUUCCCUCCUACAGACUGUGCCAUGACGCAGAAUGGGUUUCCUUCUAGGAGUUCUGUGGAUCCAAUGUUCAGCAUGAACCAGCCCCAACAUCACCUGCAUAGCCAGCGACCAAGUGAAUCACAUCAGCCUCGGGCAAGCAUUGGGCAUCCUCAGCCCUCCCAGCCACUGCCUAUUGUUGAUAUCUCAAGUGCAGGCAUGCAACAUUCAGAUGCUCGUAGGAUGGCGAGAAGGCAUAUGCAUAGGCACUCUGCAGCCCCUGAAGCCGAAAUCCCAUUGACCUCAGAUCAUUUACUCCCUCAGCUGCCCUCUGGGAGUCACAACCCACAGUUUAGGUCUCAGCGUUCCACGCAUGAGAGUAAGAGGAGGGUUCGAGGCCCCACUCGGUGCCGCUUCAUGUUGGACAUGCCCGAUGGUGAGCGGAUCUUUGUCCCAAUCAAUGAGCUAGGACAGCCUGUUGGCGCUGAAGCAUCUAAGCUGGCUUCCUUCUUGGGCACUGUAGCACGAAAUGGUAAUAUGGCGCCACUUAAUUUUCUGGACUGGUCAGCAAUGCCGGAGACGAGCAAAGAGGAUAUGUGGCAGUUUGUGCAGUCAAAGUUUGACCUUGACCCCUUGUGCAAAACUUGGGUCAUGAAGUCCCUUGCAUCAAAAUGGAGGAACUGGAAAGCAAAAUUGAAAGCUGAUCAUUAUAAUCCUCAUUCAACUGAUGAAGAGCGUCUGAAGGACUGUAAUAAACGAAUCCUUCCUGAUCAAUGGGCAGCCCUUGUAGCCCAUUGGAACUCUGAAGAGGUGCAGUUACGUUGUGCUAAAAACAAGGCCAACCGUGCAAAGCAGAAGACUGCCCAUGCUGCAGGAUCAAAGAGCUUUGCAAGGAUUCGCGAGGAGGAGCGAGCAAAGAGGUCUGAUGGAAAGGAACCAACCCGAGGAGAGCUAUACAUCCUGACCCGUACACGUAAGGAUGGACAACCUGUAGAUAAGGGAGCUGCAGAAGUAAUAUCAAAACUCCGUGAACAAGCAACUCAGAAACAGCAGACUUCAAAUGACAGCAGUGAAUAUGCAGAUACCUACUGCCAAGUUAUGGGAGAAGACAGACGUGGCGAUGCACGCAUGUAUGGGUUGGGUCCCACCCCUACUGAGCUUUGGGGCCGAAAACCUAGUCAUAGUACUUUUAUGAAGAUGGUUUUGGAGGCCAAAAGAUCAGCUAACGAAGAGGUAAGCAAGAUGUUGAAUAAAAUGGAGGCCAUGGAACAAAAGUAUGCAUCCCUGGAAGACCAGAUAGCUAGGAUGACUUCAAAUAUGCAGAUUCUCAUUGACAAAAUGGAUGCUUUGGGUUCAAAACAGGUUCUUGAUAAUGCUCUUGAGGAUGCACCGCAGGGUCGAGUACACUCAUCCUCAUCAAGUCAUCCAGUUAGAUUUAAUUAGGUUUAAAGAGGCAUGAUGCUCGACAGACUUACCUGACUUUUGUUUUGUACCAUCUUUCUCUCUCUCUAAAUCAUGUGUUACUCACACCGCUUGUGUCUUGUUGCAUUUGUUGGUAGUAAUUUUUUCACUCCAAAACAAGCAUUAUAUAUUUUGUUUGGAGUGAUUUCUGAUCACCGAGUAUUCUUCCAUCUUCUCACAAGGAUGAAAAUUCCAGUGAGAGCCACCUCUCUAUAUGAAGGAACUUAUGUAAUUGGUGUAAUUUUUAUAUAGUUGAGAUGGUACUUUUGCCAUUCUUGUUACCA